CGGAAGAAGAUGGCGUCUCUGCGCUGUAGGCGAGACCCCUGCGGCGUUAUCUGUUUGAUUUUAACUUAUUUUAGCGUGUUUUACGCGGACUACGUGGUCAUACAGUAUGUCCUCAUCCCCACCUACUCGGGCAGUGUGUGGUGCACUCUGCAUGGAUCAGUCUUCAACCUGAUUCUGCUGCUGCUGCUGGCCUGCCACUCCAAAGCUGUCUUCUCAGAUCCUGGUAUGGUGCCUCUUCCUGACACAGCUAUAGACUUCUCAGACCUUCGCUCGCAGUCGUCUCGGAUGAAUGAGCGGGGCUGUGAGGGCUGGACCGUGUGCAGUCGCUGCGAAACCUACAGACCUCCCAGAGCGCAUCACUGCCGCGUCUGUCAGAGGUGUAUACGCCGCAUGGACCAUCACUGUCCAUGGAUCAACAACUGUGUCGGGGAGCUGAACCAGAAGUAUUUCAUCCAGUUUCUCUUCUACACCGGCAUGGCCAGUCUGUACUCCAUGGUGUUGGUGGUGUCGGCCUGGGUGUGGCGGAUAAGGAACGAGAGAGAAGGCGAUGCGGAGAAAGAAGGAGAGGAGACGCCCAGCAAACACCUGAUAGUUGCUCACUAUAUCAUCCUCCUGGUGGAGUCGGUGUUGUUUGGUGUAUUUGUCAUGGUUAUCUUCUAUGAUCAGUUGGUUUCCAUAAUCACAGACGAGACUCCCAUAGAGCAGAUGAGGAACAGGCUGAUGAUCAAGGACCGAGGCUCUUCACCGUCCUCCGCUUCAUCCUCCUCCUCCUCCUCGCAGCUGUCUCACCACCCCUCGCACACCCGGAAGCCAAAGCUGGCUCUGCUGCGGGAGGUUUUUGGACGAGGUUCAGUCUUUUGCUGGCUUCUUCCUCUCCACUCCAGCCCUCCGUCGGUCGGCGGCAUCACCUACUCCGCCCUGCCCGACUACGAUGUCUGACCUUUGACCUGUGAGAGCGAGCGCCGAUGAGGAAAGGGUGGCGAUGAAGGUUUUGUGUGUGUGUGUGUGUGUGUUUGCGUCUUUAUGUGUGAGAAUGAAUUUCCUGCCUAACUACGAUGUCUUAUCUUUGGACCUGAGAGAUGGAGAGGAAGGAGGACGAAGGCCGAGACGUGGGGGGAUGAAUGAAGAGAGAGUGAGUGAGUAUGAGCUGUGAAAGAAUGAAUGAAUGAAUGCACUGAGUGUGUGUGUGGUUUUUUCCCCCAGGACUUAAAAAAAAUUUUCAGCCUCAGACCCCAGACUCAUGAAAAUCUCUUUCCUGUCUCAGCUGUGGUGAGGGAGGAGCAGUCUGUGUGGACUCUGGGGUUUGACUGAUGCAGGAUAAACGAGGCGGAUAUGGAAAUAUUUACAUGAAAUAACCAACUUAAAAUUUCCACCAUCAGUAGUUUAGAUUUUGAGAUUUCGGUUUGGAGAACCGAUGAACUUGGAAUUGUUCGUCAAACCAAAACGCUUUCUUCAGGACGUGAAGCAUUUAUUACGAUAAAUACAAACUGAAUUAAAUAAAUAAAGCUGAUUUCUGCCUUUAAUCCGUACCGGCCCACGUGUCAGUCAGACCCCAGUGCGUUCCCAGUGGGUUUCCGGUGUUUUCAGACCUUCAGCCCCUGAUUGAGAACUGUAAAAACACUUUGCCCUAAAAUUAGUUUGUUACUGAAUUAUGUUUUGUGAGAUGAUGGAGCAAUGUUUCAUGUUUUUUUUUUAUUAUCCCACUUAAUGACCAAGUGGAGCUUUAAAAGAUGACUGGGUUAGGGUUAUGGCUGGGGAUGCACUGAUAAUGAAGCUGAUGUGUAAUAUUUCUCCAUCUGUAUCAGUGGAGCUUAGUGAAUUAUCAGGUGCAAAACAGGUUAAGCUUUAAUGUUUUUUGAGGAAACUGAUCCUUCACAAUAUUUUCACAGCACGCUGAUGCACACUACAUGGCCAAAAAUAUGUGGACACCCAGGCACCCCAUUUCAAAGCACGUUAGUCUGAUGCUAUGACAGCCUCCACUCUUGUGGUUUCUGGAACCUGGAGAUUUAUCCUCAUGCAGCCAUUAGUUCAGUUCUCAGUUCUCUAAAAUAUCAUUGUACGCUGUAACAUUAGGAUUUCCCUUCACUGGAACCAAGGAGCAACAUCACAGCAGCCCUAAACCAAAUGUCCACAUACUUUUGGCUGCAUAUUGUAUUAGUGCAUGUUUAAUAUAUCUCUGUUUUUUUGUUGCUGACUUAGGUUGAGGUCCAACACCUGUUUACAAACAAACAAACCACUGUAGGUCAGCGUAUUUUCUAUUUUUCUUUACUCUCUAAUCAACCAGUCGAGCUGAAGUCAUCAGUUUUACAGAAACAUUUAUUUUUUAAACCUAACGACGUGACCUGUCCUCAUUACUUCCUGUGGGUGAACACACGCAAACCGAUAAAAUGACAUAAGGAAUAUUAGGAGUUUGCUGUGACGCCUUUGAGACAGUGAGCGAACAGGAAACGGAGAACGUCCACAGAGAGAUUCCUUUUUUUUUUUUGGGUGUUUUGUUUUAUUCUUUUCCUCAUUCCUGUGUUUAUUUUGAAGAACAAAGAAUUACAGUUUGACGUGCUACUAACUCAUAUGUGUUACACACACACACACACACACACACACGUACACAACAUUCAAACAGGGUGUGAUUUAAGAUAUAAAAAAGGGAGGAUGCAGGACAAAGACACAGGUAUUGUUUACUAUCAUACUACCCAUAAAUUCUAUUUUUAACUUUGGGGAUGGAAGUAAUAUUUUGUGUCAUUCAUUCCUCAUCAAAUCACCCCAACACACACACACACACACACACACACACACACACACACACACACACACACACGCACACACACACACACACCUCUCAGUAUUCUGCUAAAUCUCGGUGAAGGGAUGACUCUUAACUUAUUUAUUGUUUCUAACUAUUCCGUGGAGUUAACUCUACCACUAACUGUGUGUUUUUAUGUGAGGGGGGUGAAGCUGCCACACGUCUGAACUUCUGCUUCUUUAAUGUUUGUUUAACCAUGUGCACUGAGACAGCGGCGGGGACGUUGUAAUUUCGUGUUAUGGACUUAACAAGACAUUUUACUUUUUACUUAGCUCUGUGUGUGUUGUACAAGUGUAGGAAUUAAAUCUGUUGAACCUUGGGCUAAAAAAGUUUUAUGCUAAAUGUCGACAGGCUGGUUUUUAGUUUGCCGGCUGAGGUGGAAGAAGAAAUCAGAUUCUUUAAUAAAGUAAAAGUACAAAUACUGUAAAUAUACGCCAUUAAAAAUAAAACAUCUCAUUCAAAAUGUUACUGAAAUAAAAAUAGUGGAAAAUGAGAAGGAAGAGUCAGAGUGAGUUCAGACUCGGAGGCAGCUUCACCCCCUCACUGUGUUUUUACAUAUGUGUAUAUAGUUCUUCUGAAUCCUGUGUUUGGCCUGAGUUUAACAUGUAUUUCAUAUGCACAAGGGAACAUUACGACAAGUGCUUCAGUGGAUUAUAUGAAGUGUCCAUUUAUAGUAUAGAAUGAUGAUGGUCCUCUAAAAACAAGCUGCCACUUUUUCUUACAUCAUGUGACUUUAAUAACAUAGAGUGAUUUUUUUAAUAUACUAGAAAAUCUAAUUACUGAUAACGACUUUUUAAAUUUAACUGUUUUAAAACGUGUUUAAUAGCAAAACAUAAUCAGGUUUAUCCUCGAGUCUCUCGACAAGCUAACCGGAAACUUGGGGAGAUGUUAGCUGAAGAGAACUCGAACGCAUCGUCGACCGCUCUCCAAACGCUUCGACAGGCAGUUACACUAACGAUACAUCCUCGGGACCAGCUCUGCUUUUCAUUAACUGUACAUAGGAAGGUUCAGAUUUUAUAUCGGUUAUGUGCAAUUCUCAUGAAGGGAAGGCUACUGAACUCAGAGCAUUUUGGGUGUUUUUUUUUUGGUUUGUUUGUUUGUUGUUUUCUAUCACAAUCUGGGUAAAUUUAAAAAAAACAAGGUUUGAAAUGUUUUUGCUGUAUCAUGAGAUGCACAAGGUUUUGUCUUUUGAUUUGUUUCACCUUGAAUUAAAAAUUUUUUUGGAUCCAAAUCAAAGUGUGAUGGAGGGAAAAUGAGGCUCUCCUGCCAGAUUCAACCAUGUGCACCUCAGAUUUGUCAGAAAACCUUCGAAACGUUUCAAACUGUUGAUGUUUUUGUCCAGGUGUGUUAUCUAUCAGGGUACUGGCUCGCUCGUUUGCCUGAGAAAUGCAGUUGAUCUGUUUUUUUUUUCAUAUCAAUGUUUGUCAUCGGGGUGCGCUCGUUUCAAUUCAUCCACACGAAACAAGCGCACCCCGUUUGCUGUUUUAUUUGACAGCGGGAAGGAAUGUGUGUACAAACAAAGAGGGCAUGAAAUUAACACUUAGCCACCAGCCAAACACUGUGGUAUUAAAUAUCUGGCUCUGUUAGUCUGCUUGGCUGAGAGAGGGAACUGAAACCACACCACCUUCUUCUCUCUGUGUCCCUCAUCGGCCUGUAAUCGACUCAAAGUCGUAUUUGAAUAGUGUGAAAGAGAAAUUAGCCCAUUAGAGCAGAACCAAUCCAACAGAACGUCACACACACAGCUGUUUGAAAUGCUAUGAUCAAUAUCAAACCGAUUAAACUCAGUGUAAUGGACUUGUCUUUAGCUCCCAUUAGUUUGAGAAGCUCUGGGUGUCAGUGAAGGAUCGAUUAGUUGGUCUUCAGAUUUUGCACGUUCAGCUGAUAAGAGUUUACAUUUGUUGGCUGGUUGGCUGGAAAAGUUAGUUUCACGCCCUCAAACAAAACCAACAAAGAGUUUAACAUCAUGCGGCUUCAUGAUGAACAAGUUUACAACCAGCUGAUGUUUUAUUUAUUGUUCCUAUCUUGAAACCGUGACCUGUGUAUUAUUCCUGUUGACGUGCUGCUCUGGCUCGUUCAACUGGAAGUAAAACAGAUGUCUUUUAAACUG